CAUCUGAUAGAGGACUUGUAUCCAGAAUAUACAAAGAACUCUCAAAAACUCAAUAAUAAGAAAACAACUCAAUGAACAGCAGGUAAACGAUUUGAACAGGGCACUUCUGUAAAGAAGAGAGACGGCAAAUAAGCAGAUGAAAAGAUGCUCACCCCUGGAGUUCAAAGCAAUCAGCACCACAGUGAGAUGCACCGCUAACCACCUAUCAGCGUGUCUACCGUGAAAAUGCCGACCACGGCCAGCGCUGGUGCGGGUGUGAGCACACGCUGCUGGUGGGCAAGUUGUGCGAGCCCUUGUCAGUUUCUUUGAAGUUAAACAUACAGCUACCAUGUGACCCAGCCGUUCAUUCCAUUCCCAGAAUUCACCCAAGAGAAAUGAGAGCAUUUGUCCAAACAAAGGUUGUACACAAUGUCCGCUUCACUGCAUUUGUAGUAACAGCCAGCACCUGGAAACAACCCCGAUGCCCACAAACAGGCGGACGGACGUGACGACGAGCACUCAGCCCUGAACCGAGUAGCCUGAUGAGCGCGUCCGCAGGCGCACUCAGUCGGACGCCGGGUGAAAGGAGCCAGACAAGAGCGCCUGCUGCGCGUCCACUGCCACGCGUGUCCGCGACGGCCGGCAGGUGCCGCCCGCGGGGCGCAGGUCAAGGCGCGCGUGUCCCGGUGACCGCGGACGUGGGCACGGGCCCUGGUGUGACCCGGGCGUGGCUCCGGGUCGGGCUCCGAGCGGCCCAGAUCCUCGCGCAGAGCAGCCUCCGGAUGCGGACGCGCAGAACUGAGAGUGCACGUGAGGAACCAGAGUUUAUGUCCGCGUCGGAUGGUCACUUGCACAGCUGCAGCUGGGGAAGUGCGGACGAGCACUGAGGGAGAGGAACGUGCCGUCUGUCCCCGGUGCAGCCAGGAUGGGCCCCACGGGCAAACAGAGCCCCUCGUCCCUGCCGGUCCCCACGGGCGGGUCCUGCCUCCUCCUGCUCGUCUGCCUGCGCCUGGGCACCUCCUGCCCGCAGAGCUGCCAGUGUCCUGACCACGCCGGGGCUGUAGCCGUCCACUGCAGUGCGAGGGACCUGCACGAGAUCCCCCAGGACAUCCCUGCCAACGCCGUGCUCCUGAAGCUCGAUGCCAACAGAAUCGCCCGCGUCCCCAACGGAGCCUUCCAGCACCUGAGCCAGCUGCGAGAGCUGGACUUGUCCCGGAAUGCCAUCGAGACCAUCGGCCCCGCCGCCUUCUCCGGCCUGGCCGGGGGCCUGCGGCUGCUGGACUUAUCUCACAACCGCAUCCGCAGGAUCCCAAAGGACGCCCUGGGCCAGCUCAGCGCCAAGGUCCGCCUGGCCCACAACCCCCUGCACUGCGAGUGCGCCCUGCAGGAAGCCCUGUGGGAGCUGAAGCUGGACCCCGACUCAGUGGACGACAUCGCCUGCCACAGCUCGGAGCAGGAGGAGUACGUGGGCAAGCCGCUGAUCCAGGCGCUGGACGCCGGCGUCAGCUUCUGCAGCGUCCAGCACAAGACCACCGACGUGGCCAUGCUGGUCACCAUGUUCGGCUGGUUCACCAUGGUGAUCGCCUACAUCGUGCACUACGUGCGACAGAACCAGGAGGACGCCAGGAGGCACCUGGAGUACCUGAAGUCCCUGCCCAGCACCCCCGCGUCCAAGGACCCCCUCAGCCCUGCCCCCUAGUGCCCGCUGAGCCCCAUCACCCUUGUGGCAGGUGGUGACCGACCUGGGGUUUUGGUACCCCCUGGGGCCACAGUCACAGCUACUUCUGCGCAGUGCUUGCUGGGACAAAGCUCUUUCUGGAAUUGCACCUCGUCACUGUGACACCUUUCGAGUCAGGUCAUUUUGCCAUGAGACCCACUGACGGAGGAAGAAACCGGAGCUCAGAGAAAGGGGCUGACUUGCCCACGAUGACACGUCAGGGAGUGGUCCAGUGAGGACUUAAAACCGGGCGAAGUUCACGUCCCUCCCGCACUGUGGGCCCUCCCACGUGGCCCCGUGGGAGCGAAAGCAUUCAGGGACGGAAGGGCUGUGCCCGUGGGUCCCCCGUGCUUCCGGUGCAGAUUCGCCCGUGGAAGGCACAGGGGACCCUGCGGAGCUGGCUCGCCUCUGUCCCCUGGUGUCCCUGACCACAUCUGACCACAGAACUCUCCAGCGCACAGCAGUGGAGGCCAGGGCUUUCCAGACAGGGAAGCGAGGGAAAGUGUUGCUCAAACUAACCUUUGAACAACUGUGUUUAUCUUCAGUAUGUUUGUGAAGAGAGACACUUGUACCCAAAUUUCAGUCCAGUGAGAGGGAAAUAAUCCCCCCAAUCCAAAACCAGAAACACAGUGGAGAGAAACCUGAGGACCGGCCAGAGCGCGUCGGGGGGCGGUGUCAGCGGGCAGACGCACUGGGCUCUGGUCUGCUUCCUGCCACUCUGUCUGCGCCCGGUUUGUGGGAAGGCCUGUCACCUCUGGUCACCACCGUGCCUUGCUGUUCUACUCAGACACCUUAAGCAGCACCUUUCAAAGUACAGGGAGACUGAUGUUUGAUGUCUCAAGGCCAGUCGACCAGAUGCCUUCUUGUCUCCAGCAACGGCUCUCCUCUCCUCUCUGUACCCCCCACC